AAAGAAAAGAAAAAAAACCGAAGAUGAUACACAGCGAAGGAGGGGCCGCUAAAAGCCAAUGUUGUCGGAAUUGGAUUUGAUUCUUCUUCACUUGCGCGAUUUCUCCGAUCAAAGUUCCUCACUUUCUCUCCCUUGAUCGACACCCACCACGCGUUAGAGAGAGAAAAAAAACCCCGAGAGAUCGGAAAGAUGGGUACGCUUCAGUCUUGGAGAAGAGCCUACGGUGCCAUCAAGGACACCACCAAAGUGGGUCUUGCCCAUGUCAAUAGCGAUUACGCGGAUUUGGACGUUGCCAUAGUCAAAGCCACGAACCACGUCGAGUGUCCCCCCAAAGAGAGGCACCUCAGAAAGAUUCUGUUUGCCACGUCUGCUGUGAGACCUAGGGCUGAUGUCGCUUACUGUAUCCAUGCGCUUUCGCGGCGGUUGACAAAGACGCGGAAUUGGACGGUGGCAUUGAAAACACUGAUAGUCAUCCAUAGGUUAUUGAGGGAGGGUGAUCCUACUUUUAGAGAAGAACUUCUGAAUUUCUCACAAAGAGGACGAAUUCUCCAACUAUCAAAUUUCAAGGAUGAUUCUAGCCCAAUUGCUUGGGAUUGCUCUGCCUGGGUACGUACCUAUGCGUUAUUUUUGGAAGAAAGACUUGAAUGCUUUCGGAUUCUGAAGUAUGAUAUUGAAGCUGAGCGUCUACCCAAACCUGCCCAAGGGCAGGAGAAGGGGUACAGCAAGACCAGGGAUUUGGAUAGUGAGGAGUUGUUGGAGCAGUUGCCUGCUUUGCAGCAGCUGCUGUAUCGACUUGUUGGUUGUCGGCCAGAAGGAGCAGCUGUUAGCAAUUAUGUGAUACAAUAUGCUCUUGCCCUGGUACUGAAAGAGAGCUUUAAAAUUUAUUGUGCUAUUAAUGACGGCAUUAUCAAUCUUGUUGAUAAGUUUUUUGAGAUGCCCAGACAUGAAGCUAUUAAAGCCCUUGAAGCCUAUAAACGUGCGGGUCAGCAGGCAGCAAGUCUAUCUGAUUUCUAUGAUGUUUGCAAAGGAUUGGAACUCGCUAGGAAUUUUCAGUUUCCUGUCUUAAGAGAGCCUCCACAAUCUUUUCUUACAACCAUGGAAGAGUACAUUAAGGAGGCACCACGAGUGGUUACAGUUCCAACUGAGCCAUUGCUUCAGUUGACUUACAGACCAGAAGAAGUUCUUGCAAUUGAAGAUGCUAAACCAUCUGAUGAAGAACAGGAGCCACCAGUUCCUGUUGAUAAUAAUGUUGUUGUCUCUGAUUCUGAACCUGCACCUCCACCACCACCACCGUCGUCUCACAACAAUUUUGAAACUGGAGACUUGCUGGGAUUGAAUGACACUGCACCUGAUGCAUCGUCCAUAGAGGAAAGAAAUGCUCUUGCCCUAGCCAUAGUCCCCACUGAAACUGGUACUACAUCAGCUUUUAACACGACUGCUGCUCAGACAAAAGAUUUUGAUCCAACCGGAUGGGAGCUUGCCCUGGUCAGCACUCCAAGUACUGAUAUUUCUGCAGCCAAUGAGAGACAAUUGGCUGGUGGAUUGGACUCUCUCACUCUUAAUAGCUUAUACGAUGAAGCGGCAUAUAGAUCUCAACAACCAGUAUAUGGAGCACCAGCCCCAAAUCCAUUUGAAAUGCAGGAUCCAUUUGCUCUAUCAAGCAGCAUCCCUCCCCCGCCAGCUGUCCAAUUGGCAGCAAUGCAACAGCAAGCAAAUCCAUUUGGUCCUUACCAACAACCAUUUCAGCCUCAGCCACAACCGCAGCAGCAGCAGCAUCAUAUGUUGAUGAACCCAGCAAAUCCCUUUGGGGAUGCAGGAUUUGGAGCAUUUCCUGCCCCCAAUCCUGCUCCUCACCCACAGAACAACAAUCCAUUUGGAAGCACAGGCUUGUUAUAAAGAACAAAUUCCUUUUUGAAGAUACGAGGAUGUAUUUAAUCGAUCAAGUUGGUUGGUUUUGAGCAAAUUGUAACAUGAGUUUCUCAUUUGUUGCUUGAUAUAUAGAUGUUUUCUGGAAUGGGAGGUGGUGUGCCUUGUAAAAUGCAGACAACACACUAUGUAUUGAUCAUUUUAUGAAUAUACAUAAUGGUGGGAUAGCUUUCUUUGAACGUUUCCCAACUCAAGUAAUUGGAACACUUUUACACAUGUUCAUAUAUCAUGUAUUCAUUGUAUGGUUCCACAUUUUGUAUUACAUUAUGUGUCAGUGUCAUAUUAUUGCUUUCA